AAAAAUGUCCACUAAAAUGAAUAAAGUACAGCUUUCGAAAGGAAUUUUGCAGAUGAAAUUUAUGUCACGGACAAAGGAAAAACUGGACAAAGAAGCAGACGAUGAACGAGGACGUGCACUCUACGCUAGUGAAAUUACAGACAAAAUGUUAUCGGAAACCAUAAAAUACAUUAUAGAACCAAGUUACGUUCCAUGCGAGGAACUAAUCGAGGGACGUAUCAGUUACGGUGGUAUGAAUCCAGAAAUAGAGCGAAUUAUCGAAAUUGAGUCCGGUGUGGACGUUCUGAAACGUGAACGGGAGGAAGCUGCGAAGAAGGCCAAAAUGGAAACAGAUGUUCCGGAUGCAGAAAUGGCUCGAUUUUAUUCUAGUGUAAUGCACACAAUGAACAAAAAGUACGACAGUCACCAAAAGCGAUUGCAGCAUCCACUGCCGUUAAAUAUAAAACGCUCAUCCUAAGCGGUUCAAUAAAUUAAUUCCUUUAUUU